AUGAAGCCGCGGCCUCCGGGGCCGGUCACGGAGUGCAGCGGCCGCGACGCGUAUGUCGUUCCUGAGGAACUGGAAAAUUCCCCAAAAAACGGAAAAAACCCAGAAAAAUGGUCCAAAGCGAGCUCUCUCCAGUGGAAACGUCGCCUUGGCGGUGCGUGUAGAGGGUCCUCUGCUGCUGUGCCCCCUUCGCGUAGCGGUCGUCGUCUGCUGCGUCGGGACCUCGCUGUCUGUCUCCUCUCCCUGAGCGCCGCCCUUCGUCUGGACUCUUGUAAACCAGAUAGUGAUGCCUCUUCUCUAUGCGGUGGAUCAUAUUCUGUGACUUCUUCGGAGCUGAACCGAGAAGAUCGCCCGUUUGCUCCCAGUCUGUCUCCCCCGUUCUUCAACUUGCCUCCGCUCGAGGCCAGCGCAGUGUCUCUGCCGGACACCACUGCGUCUCGUUCGCCGCGCUUUUCGGCAUCGUCUCAGUUGGCAUCGACGCUUUCGUCGGUUUCUUCUCUUGCGCCACCUCCAGCAGCUGCUCCCCUUUCCCAUUCGAAUGCUGUUCCUGCCACCCUUCGUCUCCAGGCGGUUUCCUCUCCUCCCUUGCCUUCUGUCGCGGCCUCGUCCUCUGCACCCGAGCCUGCUAGUCGGCCCCGUGGCCUUCAGGAGCAGCCUCUGAUGGCUGGAUGGGACUCUUCGCUUCCUCGCGCGGGCCGCCAGCGCUCCUCUCCUUCGGCGGAAAGCGGUUUUUCUUCCACACGCUCUGUCGGCUCUCCGGCGCGCCAGCCUCCGUUUUCUCGCUUUCGCACGCAGGCCGUAGUACCUGCGAUGCUCUUCCCAGGAGAGCAGAGCCGUGAGAGGAAACCGAAAACGUCCGCCUCCAGCGACCCGAGCGAGCCAAGACAAGGUGCCGCCUCUGCGGAGGAGUUCGCAGGGCUGAGCGAGAAUAAGGACGCGAGGCGUCGCGUGCAAGCUAACGCUCUCAGCCGCCCCCCAGACCAGCCGGCCGCGGGUGUCUCUUCUGCGUCCGCUCAAGUGCAAAACCCCUCGACGCUUUCUUCCGUGCAGGGGGCCCUGGCGCACUUGCGGGAAGACAACGCGUGGUUAGCCGCCCCGAGAGACAGGGCAGCAGGCGCAGUUGGCGCCGAAAAAGACGUUUUAUGUGGGGUCUUCCCUGCGGAGGAGUUCCACGAAGAGCGUACUCUGGAGGUGCGGGGCGAGAGGUUCGAGGACAGGGGGUCGAAGCAGCGAGCGAGCACCGCAGAGCCCGCGGAGGCGCUCGAUGACUCGCCCCGAGGGGCUGAGUCGCGGACGCGAAUCGAAUUGCACUCUGCGCCCGACACGCGGGAGACGAAGGUGGCGGAAGCAAGCACUGAAGCGAAUGGCGGUGGAACUAGAAGAAAGAAGUGGCGGCUGUUUUCGUGGAUGUCGGAGGUUCUUCUUCGCGCGCGGCUUGAGCAACAGGUGGAGGACCUGAACAUUUUGCUCCGUCAGCAAGGCAGCUCGGAUCGUCUCUACCUCGUUCUGCCCCUUUCCGAGUACCAGAAUCCUCCCGCAGAUAAUUUCUCGCACGGUCACAUCAUGGAGGGCGACAAAGUCUCCUUCCCGCGAGAGGUCCUCACACUCCUUCUCGACCGAAAGUGGGACGCCCCCUGGCAGUUUUUGCUUGAAAAAGUAUACGGACCCCACGACGAAGAAGCUCUCGCAACGAUUGCUGAACAUCUUCGCAGAGCUGCGGAGAAGGUCCUGGAAGGCGGCUUGUCGGAUCUCAGUGUCGCUACCGCGGAAGCCGGCCGAGCGACGGGAGCAAAAGAAGGGCGACAGGAGCCGAACAGUGAAAAACAAGGUGCGGGAAGAGGGAGAAGACGGCCCAGACGCGUGGCUGUCAGUCCUCUGGACUUCUCAGCUCCGCGAAACUUCAUCUUCCUUCCCCUCUGGGUCAUGAAGACACUGAAUCUCCGACCUCUGUCGAUCGUCGCGUGCAAGUGGAUUCGCCUGCCGCUCGCUGCGCAUGUGACGCUGCAGCCGGCGAGCUCCGAGUUUUAUCGUGCCGUGAAACGCACAGGCAAAGAUGUUCAGAAAAUUCUGGAGGAGGAACUCCGGCACUAUUCAAGUUUGACUGCCGACACGCGUGUUCCGAUCAAACUCGAGGGGCAAACUUUCUGGCUCCACGUGCGAGACGUUCAAGCAGAGAGCAGCGGCAAGGCGGAAGUUGAUCACAGCGAGCAUGUCUGCGUCCAGGACAGCGACGUCGCGACCAGCCUCGUGCCCGCAGCUGACGAGGCGGAGAUGCGAAAUGGAAACGUAGAUCGAGAUGGAACAAGUAGGAGCCAAGACUGA